CGUCGUUUUUCCUCUUCUGUUGUUUAAAAUGACAAAGUCCUCCUGAUUCUUUUCCAGUGACGUCCAGCAGGAAAAGUUUCAGGUGGACCUGAGGGGGCGGAGCCACACGCAGCCGUGGCCUACAUCUGUCACUGUCCAAAUCAAUAGAGAUGAUCAGAGGAGUCAAUCCCCUUGUGAUGCUGAGUGCUGAUUGGCAAAACCUGCAGGCCCCGCCCCCUUAUCCUCCUCUGUGAGAUAACUGCACAAACAGAUAAAUGAGUGCAGAAGCCUCACAGCUUCAUGUCUGCACCUGAAACGUCUCUGCCAGGUUUUUCUGAACUCCUCCACUGCAGCUGGAAGUACCCUUUUUUACAAGCUGCACCUGAAAGCAUCGCAGUUGCUGGUUCUCCCUGUUUUCCUGUUGGAGACCUGCAGCCGGCGUCGGGAUGGAGCUGAAGGACUUCUGUCUGGCAGCAGACGUGUCGUACCACAGUCCGCAGCGCCUUCAGGACUCCCCUUCCUCCUCCUCCUCCUCCUCCUCCUCCAUCUCCCCCAGCGAUGAACCUCAGUCUCCCUCCUUCCUCCUCCACUCCUCCCCCCGCAGUCCCUCCUUCCCCCUCGACACCUCGUCUUCCUUUAGCCCCUCAAACCCCGUCUUCCUCCUGUCCAGCCCGCCCUCUUCCUCCUCCUCCUCCUACGGCCUUCUCUGCGGGGGUGCAGAGCCCGACUCCCUGACAGGGUGCAGUUCCAGCCGGGAAGGCGUAGGGGGCAGCAUCCCCGCGUCGGAGGCUUCGGGGAGACUUUUGCUGCUGCAGACAGAAUCUUUCUCAGCAAAGGUGGACUCCAUCCUCAGGGGGGACUACCUGACCCCGAUGGGUCCCGUGGGGCCAAAGAGGCUGUGUUUGGUGUGCGGAGACUUCGCCUCCGGGUAUCACUACGGGGUGGCGUCCUGCGAGGCCUGCAAGGCGUUCUUCAAGAGGACCAUACAAGGCAACAUUGAGUACAGCUGCCCGGUGAUGAACGACUGCGAGAUCACCAAGCGGAGGAGGAAAGCCUGCCAGGCCUGCCGCUUCCAGAAGUGCCUGCAGGCGGGGAUGAUGCGGGAGGGUGUGCGCCUGGAUCGGGUCCGAGGGGGCCGGCAGAAGUACAAGAGGCGGGUGGAGGCGGGCCUGUGCGGCAGAGGCGGGUACAGCCAUGCCAGCCUCGGCAGCAGCAGAAACAAGGUGGUUUCUCACCUGCUGCUCACAGAGCCCGUCCCCCUGGCUGCCAAUCAGGAUGACUCCACCAAUGACAGCAGCCUGCGGACGCUGCUGACCCUGUGUGACCUUCUGAACCGGGAGCUGCUGCUUCUGAUUGGCUGGGCCAAGCAGAUCCCCGGAUUCUCCGGCCUCUCAUUGGUCGAUCAGAUGUCGCUGCUGCAGAGUGGUUGGAUGGAGGCUCUGCUUGUAGGCGUGGCCUGGCGCUCGCAGGGCGCCUCAAGGGAGGAGCUUGUCUUUGCAUCGAACUUGCAGUUGGACGAGGCGGAGUGUCGAGCGGCGGGAUUGGCCGACCUGUACGAGGCGCUGCGUCACCUGACGGCGAGAUACGAGUCGAUGAAGCUGAGCGCUGAGGAGGCGGCGGCGCUGAAGGCCGUGGCCCUCGCCAACUCCGACGCCGACCCCCUGGACUGUCCGGACGCCGUGCACCGCUUCCAGGACGGGCUCCACGAGGCGCUGCAGGAACACGAGGCGUCCAGGAGGGAGCAGCGGCGAGCGGGCCGGCUGCUCAUGAGCCUGCCGCUGCUGCGGCAGACCGCCGACCGCGCCGUGCACGCCCUCCUGCGGCUGCACCGCCAGCGCCGCGUCCCCCUCCACAAGCUGCUGCUGGAGAUGCUGGACGCCAAGGCCUGAGCCCGGCCGCUGAAAAACAGACUUUUAUUUUUCUACACAACGCGUUUGUAAAAACAUUUGGACCCGAAGCAGCUUCUGUAGGUUAGGCUGGUUUUGUCUCCAAAGGGCUUCCAUAGUAUUUCCAUUCAUGCGUUUCCAGAGAUUCAUUUCAGGUUUCUGAUCCAAACUUUGACACAAAGACUGUUUUUCUGGAUUUUCAAAGUAAUUGUCACAUAGCUGAUGUUCAUAAUUUGCAUCCUUCCUUCCUUUUUUCAUAGAUCAACUUCAACAGGAUGAAAACAAAGAAUCGAUGAGCAGGAACUUUUUGUAGACAUUUAUUUCCUAAAUAAAGACGUUUUAACAGGA